AUGACAAGACUCGAUAUUUUUAAUAAGAAUUUUAUUUUAAUGGCUGUAGCUAGAUUUUUCAACAUGCAUCUGCCCUAUUGUAUAUUAUGAAAUUGGAUAAUUAUAAUGUGAGAAGGUUGUCACUAUUUCUAUUGCAAAUUUUUUGAUAAUUCAGACAAUAGUUGAACUUCUUCUCAGAGUUUUAAAAGGUAAGACCUGUAAAUGUGCUGAUGGAAAUAAUUAAGAAUCAGAUUUAGCUGAAUUUAAAAGUAAUUAUUUAAAUUACUAAUUAAUAGAACGCUUAAAUUAAUGCAAAACUGAACAACAGAAAUGUUUAACUUGCCCAUUAAAUUCUUUGAGGAAACUAAUUUCAAUAAAAGGAUUUUUAUGUUCUAGAGAAUUAUAUGAUAAAAAAAAAGAGAUAGUUUGUUUAAGUAUUUUUAUUACUAGAUACUCUCAAUAAAAAAAUUUAUUUCCAAUUGAAAUUGAAAAUGAAUGCAUUUAAACACAUUGA